AUGGGACUUUUCACACCCAAAAACUCAAACUACUACUAUGCUAGUGUAUCCCCGAUGGGAAGUGGCCCGCGCCCUCAAAGAAGCCGACCCAAAGAUACAUCCAAGGAGAAUCUCGAUGACGACGAAGACGUUGAAGUGAAGAAAGUGUACGAGAAAGAAAAAAUCGUCAAGGCUCCCAUAGAGGACGACGCAGAGGAGGUCACGGAAGGGAAGGAAAGUCGCCCAGAAACAGAAACUCAGCUCAAUACUCGUCUCAAUUCGCUAUUGUAUCAUACAUCCAACGACAGUGUCGAUUUGUACCGGCUGGAAAACACGUCGCUGGAUCUCUUGGGGCGGAUUUACUACGAUGACUAUGAUCCUACAGACUCAGAAGCCAUGCAACGUAUUUCGUCUCUUACGUCGCUCAGCACCGCGAUCCCAAAAAACGUUACUAGCCCAAAAAUACGACCUUCAUUCGAAAGAGGCGUUUCCUUUGAUACUCUCAGCGACUCGCAUCAUCUGUCGAUCAUCUUGAAGGAGAAGCACCCUGAGUUUCGGUUCCGCAGAAACAACAAGACGUUUUUGGUCGGCUUCAGUAAUGAUCUGCAGUCUAUGAGAGCUGUUGAGUGGGCUUUUCAAGAAAUGGUCAUCAAUGGAGACACCAUAGUGUUAUUCCAAGUUUUAGAUGACCGCAACUACAAAGUAGUGGACAGAAAAGAUGCAGAAGCCGUGGUGGAAAAAGUGAAGAAGCUUAAUGUCCACCAGAGAAAAAUAUCCUUGGUGUACGAGGUGGUGAUUGGAAGGCCACAAAAGCUCUUGAAGCAGGCGAUUCUUGAGUAUAACCCAGCCAUGAUGGUUGUUGGAACGCACCAAGAACCUCUUUCGACCUCCAAUUCCUCCACUAGUCUCUCUUCAGCAUCCCACCAUAUGCCAUUCUUUGGCAAAUCUUCAAUCUCAAAGUACUUCUUACAAUAUGCAUUAGUACCCGUGAUUGUGGUUAAGCCAAACUACCAAUACGAGGAGGCUUUGCCGAAACCCAUUGAUUCACAGACAUAUUUCCAGGAUUGGUUGGCUGGCAUCGAUAUAUCUCUGUCGUUUGAGAAAAAGAAAAAGAAGAAUAGAUUGACUCUUCUCAGUCCACUGACCUCGAGAAAUAGCUCUUCCAUUAACCUAGCUCCUUCCAACUCUGUGGAGCUUCGUGGACGCUCAACUAUGGAGAAGGAUCCGUCUUUUACCGUGGGCAGUCGAGAUUCGUCUGUAUCUUCUCAAGAGAGAUCCAGGUCCGAGCAGCGGAAUCGCUCGCGCUCUCGCUCUCGUCUUUCUAGGUUAUUCCACUAG